AGACUCUAUCCGUGACCCAUGCUGUCCUCAUCCAGGCCACUUCUCUUCCCGGCUCUAUUGGCAGGCUGGGCUUCCCGGGCUGUGGGAGGGAACUGUGCGAUAGGAGAGUUGGAGGCACCCACAGAGGCGGGACCCUUCUCAGAGCCACAUCCACAGCCCAAGUCCUUCUCGGCUGGGGCCGGAUAUGAAGUGGGAAGAAUCAAGUUGCAACCAAGUGCUUUGUCAAAAGAAGGUGCCAUCUCAACAAUGGUCUGGCUUCCACUGACCCAAUGGCUGAAGACACCCUUGGCUUUCAUCUGAAUACAUUCUAGUUCAUCCAAUGUUGCAUCAUCAGGUUAACAGAGAUGGAGAUCUCCAGGAUUUGGAGACCAGUAACAAUGGGCACUAAAAUUCUGGACUAGAUUUGAGAAAGGUAGAUGGACUAUAAGGCAAUCGCCCAGCAAUCUACUGAACAAGUUUUAGCUUACAAUCAAGACCUGUCUGGCUGGAAAGUCGUUAAAACUUCAAAAAAGGUAACUGUUUCCAGCAAGGCCUCUAAACUAUUCCAAGGAAACCUAUACCGUAUUGAAGGAGUAAUUCCAGAAUCACCAGCUCACCUCUCUGAUUUCCUCUACAAAUCUGAACACAGAGUUUCAUGGGAUAAAUCUUUGAAAGCAUUCAACGUGAUACACAAGAUUGAUUCGGACACACUUAUAUGCCACACCGUCACACAAAGUUUUGCCAUGGGCUCAAUUUCCCCUAGAGACUUUAUCGACUUAGUACACAUCAAGCACCAGGAAGGGAAUGUGGACAUUAUCAGUACUAGGAGUGUGGAGUUCCCAGGAUACCCUCCCACGUCACAUUAUAUCCGUGGCUAUAACCAUCCCUCCGGCUAUGUGUGCUCACCUCUCAAGGAAAACCCAGCAUAUUCCAAGCUAGUGGUGUUUGUCCAGACAGAAAUGAAAGGGAAAUUGCUUGCCUCAGUAAUUGAGAAGUCUAUGCCUUCCAACUUAGUAAGCUUCUUCCUCAAUGUGAAAGACGGCCUAAAGACACACAAAGCCUCAAUCCCAGCACUUCGUUCACAUCACAGUAUGCACUCUGCUGUACACAAAAAGAAAUAAAGCUAUGCUGCCAUUAAACCAGAGAUCUCAGACGGCACAAACUACUACUAG